UGUUAACAUGAGGACACGUGUGUGUUAUUGAUUUCGUUUAUAUGAAAAAUGCUGUAUGUAUAUAACGCGAAUUUGAAACACACACAUAGCUUUAUCAUCUGAAGACAAUCAAGGAUGUGGCUGACGAUAGCUCUGUUGAUUGGAUCAGGAUGUCUGGCUGGGGCCCAGCACAGCACCAACUGUCCCCCGGGGCGUCACGUGAUCGCUCACCUGUUUGAGUGGCGGUGGACGGACAUAGCGGUGGAGUGCGAACGGUUCCUGGGACCCACAGGUUACUGCGGGGUGCAAAUCUCUCCCCCUAAUGAACACCGGAUAAUUCCGGAAAUUAAUUUUGAUAUCCCGUUCAGCCGCUUCACCCCCAUAACCCGACCCUGGUACGAGAGAUACCAGCCCGUCAGCUACAAACUUACCAGUAGAAGCGGCACCGAGGAGGAACUCAGGGAUAUGAUCAGACGCUGUAACGACGUCAACGUCAGAAUCUACGUGGACGCCGUCAUUAAUCAUAUGGCCGGUGAGAACGCUUAUGGAACCGGAAGUGCCGGAAGUAUUUGGAACUCUGCAUCUCUCAGCUUUCCUGGCGUGCCCUUUUCAGAGCACGAUUUCCACAGCGGGUGUGGAAUCGAGAAUUAUGGUGACGCGUACCAAGUGCAAAACUGCCGGUUGGUCGGAUUGGUCGACCUUGACCUUGGCAAAGAUUACGUCCGUGGGAAAAUCGCCGAUUACCUAAACAAGUUGACGGCCAUGGGCGUGGCCGGCUUUCGCCUUGACGCAUCAAAGCACAUGCAUCCAAACGAUUUGAUGGCAAUACGAGCCAAACUGCACAACCUGAACACCACUUACUUCCCGGCGGACAGUAAACCUUUCAUAUACCAGGAGGUUAUCGACAUGGGUGGGGAGGGUAUAUCGUCUAGCCAAUACGUGGGUGUGGGUCGGGUGACGGAGUUUAAGUAUGGUAAAGAGCUGGCACGGUUUUUUCGCGGUAACGUUCAGCUGAAACACUUGUCUGGCUUCGGGGAGUCCUGGGGCAUGGUGCAUUCCAAUAACGCUGUAGUGUUCGUGGAUAACCAUGACAACCAGCGUGGGCACGGAGGGGGAGGCAACAUCCUGACGUUCAGAGACUCACGCCUUUACAAAAUGGCGAACGCCUUUAUGCUGGCCUGGCCGUACGGCUUCACCAGGGUUAUGAGCAGCUACUCGUGGCCAACACACUGGGAGCGCGGAAAGGACAAGAACGACUGGAUCGGCCCACCGGCGUCUGGAAACCGCGUUCAAAAUACCCUGGCUGUGACCAUAACCGCGCAGGGCGAGUGCACCGGGGACUGGAUCUGUGAACAUCGUUGGCGUCAAAUUGCAAAUAUGGUCGCUUUCCGGAACAGCGUGACGGGCCAAGGAGUCGACAAUUGGUGGGACAACGGCGCGAACCAGGUGGCUUUUGGGCGAGGCGAUAAGGGCUUCCUGGCCAUUAAUAACGACGGUUUCUGCAUGGUUACCGAACUUGACACAGGGCUUCCGGCUGGCACUUAUUGUGACGUCAUAUCCGGUGAGUUCAGAAGAACGCACUGUACCGGAAGAGUGGUACGCGUAGGGCAUGAUGGGAAAGCGUUGAUGGAUGUGGCCAACUGGUUGCCAGAUCCCGUCCUAGCUAUUCAUGCAGGAUCGCGGAUCAGUGACUCUGUUAGCCACGGCGCCGAGGCGGGUACACCUGACCUAAGACGUACGGUGAUCCUCAUAGAGAAGCAGACAACCCCCGGGCAGGACAUCUUCAUGAGGGGCGGGAUUGACCACGCCCGGCGCCCAGUCUGCAAGCAGAACCCAGUUGAGUGUGCGAUCCCAGUGAGGUAUCGACCUAUUGGAACGGGUAGCCAUUACCAGAAAUACAUCGACUGGUGCAAGGGGGACCAGAUGCUCGACUGGGAAGGAGCGGAAUCCGGACAAGGCAAAUACGAGAACAUGUCACCCCACGGGUCCCCCCUGGUCUGGACAACAAAUGACGUCACUAGCUCUGCUUAUCAAAGCGUGAACAGUUAUGGUGGCAGUUACUGGCUUCUUGACGUUGACAUGGAUUGCUCUAAGACGGAAAACGGAUGGUUUGAGGUGAAGGCUGUCAUAGCGAGUAGGAAUGGAACUGAAGUCACGUGGGAGAGUAAUCUCGUGCAUAGCUCUGCAAAUCCCGCAGGAUCUGCCAGAGAGACACUUCCAGGCUGUUCGGCAAAUCACAUUGUAAAGUGUGGUAAGAUAAAUGUGUUAAAAUUCGGAAGACCCGACAUCAAGAUCAACAAUUUCAGCUGAUUGUUGCAAACAAA